GUAGAUUAUAACACUUGUGUGCAUAUGCAUUGGUUGCAUAUCUAAAGUUUCAUUUGCUGUUUUGUCAAGCGUCGCUUGAUGUAGGAAGUAAGCUCCGUAUAUAUUUGCGCUGAAAAACAGUUUAUUAAUAUUUUGAACUUCUCUUGAUAACUAGCUUAACAAGAUGGCGACAUAUUGGUGUAUUUGUGUUGCGAUUCUAGGCUGUUUGGACAUUUCCAGUGCUAUUGACAUGUAUGGGUUGAGCUAUAACUACUUUGACGAAAUGGCACAAAACUAUUGCGCUGCAAAGGGUGAGGGUUGGGUGCUCAGUAUUAGGCGGGAUUGUUUUGGCUUGGCUCCAACAUGCAACGACAUCUGUACGUCAGCAAAGAUCGACAUCCUAAACGCUAUCGAUAAUCAAGCAACUGAAGUUGCGUGUUUUGAUGGAAUCUUCAUCAAGAAAGGUCAUAAACAACUCCUGCCUAACCCAUACCAAUCGCAGCCGGAUGCGGAAAAGGCUAGUCUGGUCUUCUAUGGUUAUGGUUCCGGCGGAUGUACCUGGGCCCCUAAUCACUGUGGACCAAACUAUUGCUGUUGCACAGCGUUUAAGUAGACCCUAAGAAAAAUAGGCAAAGUUGUCGGAGACGAGACUAUAAUUUAAAUAAACGUUUUUUUUAGUUGUAUAUAUUUUUUGUAUCGUCAUUAUGUGUGGGAAGUCGAGGGCACCCCCCACCAC